AUGGCCUCAUCAAACAACGGCAGCAAGCCUCCCACUGCGGUCUUGUUGAUGAACAUGGGUGGUCCAUCGACACUGGACGAAGUGGGCGACUUUUUGUCCCGCCUAUUCCACGAUCGUGAACUUAUCCAACUUCCCUUUCAAUCGAGAUUGGCGCCGCUCAUCGCAGCUCGCAGGACGCCCAAGAUUAAGGAUCAAUAUGCAAAGAUUGGUGGAGGGUCUCCCAUCUUGAGAUGGACCAGAACCCAGGGAGACGCCAUGGCGACCAUGCUGGACGAGCUGCACCCCGCCACUGCUCCUCACAAGGCUUACAUCGCUUUUAGGUACGCCAGACCUCUGACGGAGGAAGCACUGGAUGAGAUGGCCAAGGAUGGCGUCACGAGAGCCGUCGCUUUCACCCAGUAUCCUCAGUAUUCCUGCUCUACAACCGGCUCCAACCUCAACGAGCUGUACAGAGAGAUUCAGCGCAGGAGAAAGGAAGGGAGACCCGAGGCUGAUAUCAAGUGGAGCGUUAUCGACCGGUGGCCCACGCACGAAGGGCUCGUCGAGGUGAGUGACGCCACAGCAGCCGCGGAACCGAGCCAUCGCGCUCAUCAUGCUCUACAUUGUGGGAUCCGCAGGCUUUCACUCAAAGAUUGAGGGACACCCUAGAGACCUACCCAGCCGAGAUUCGCCAAACGGUGCCGAUCAUGUUCUCUGCGCACUCGCUGCCCAUGCAGAUCGUUUCAGGAAGGGGCGAUCCCUAUCCCGCAGAAGUAGCAGCCACAGUCGCAGCAGUCAUGGUGCGUCUUGGUUGGUCGAACCCUUACAGGGUUACUUGGCAGUCGCAAGUUGGCCCAAGCGCCUGGCUUGGACCUCAGACCAGCGAUACUGUAAAGGGAUGGGCGAAGCAGGGUCACAAGCAUGCUGUGGCUGUGCCUAUCGCAUUCACCCAAGAUCACAUCGAGACUCUUUACGAGCUCGACAUUGAGCUGGUGGAGGAAGCGGAAGAGGUGAGACAAGCAUUCGGAAUGUUCCUGGGCAUCUGGCAAGACAUCUUCGCACGUUUGGGUGCUGACGCCUCGGCAAACGCUUCGCCUUUCCAUUCUGCCAGCACGGCAUGCAACUUAAGCGAGUCGAGUCGCUCAACGAUCACCCGCUCUUCUUGCGGGCAUUGGCGGACAUCGCAGCAGCUCACUUGCAAUCCGUCGAGGGUACCAAGGCGACGUCCGAGACUUCUUCCGUCGCUGUACACCCCUUCGCGCAGGGCAAUUGCAGCACUCAGAUGGGUCUGCGUUGCCCUGGGUGCACCAAUGCAGUGUGUGGUGAACAGAAGGCCUUCUUCAAGAGCGGUGGAGCACCACUCGAUGCUGCUGCUUGA